AUCAUGCCCUUCCUAUAUUUUUGGGUUUUGUUUGUGUUUAUAAAAUGAUAACAGAUAAGCAACCUAUAAUCAUUUUAAACGCUAUUUUAUCAUGAAAUAUUUUACUUUACUUAAAGAAUGUUGUUUUAAAACCAUUUAAGUUACUUAAAGAGAGUAUGAUGAACAUUUUGACAAUUCUGAUUCUUUUCGGAGUAUAUCAGAUUUAUGCUCAAGAAGAAUUCAGUGAAAGGACAGGAUACGACCAACCUACUUUUAAACAACCAACAGAUGUCAAAAACACAAUAAUUAUUUAUGUGACUUGUGUUCUUGGGUUUGCCGUGUUUGCUGUGAUGAUUUUGACCAUGGUAUUAUGCUGUAGAAGGAAUUCAUGCCGCUUAAACAAGAUGAAACUAGUUCAAGAACUAGAUGUGGAGUUAGCGGAAAUAGUUAAUACACAACAAGAACAAAGAGAAAAUAAUGAGACCGAAACAUUGAUCGAAGGUGUAACACAGGCAAACAAUCGUGCAGAUCCCUAUGAUUACUGAAACAAGAGGCAAUACACGGCACGCAGAUGAUAUACAGAUCCUUUAUUAGUGGAUGUCAGUGUUUUGUUUU